AUGAUUAGAUCGGUCAGUCGUAAGCUUCUUUUUGGAGGCUCAUCUUUCCGUUGUAAUAGACUCGCUUCUACCUUGGCUUUUGUUGAAACAAACAAGGAAGGGUCUAUUGUACCAUCAUCAUUGAAUGCCUUAAAUGCUGCCAGAGGAUUUAAUAACGAUUUAGUUGUUGUCAUAUUAGGUUCCAAUGCUUCUAAAGCGGCAUCGAAACUUAAGAGCUCUAUCAAAUGUGAGAAUCUAAAGAAGAUAUUGGUCUCUACGGAUGAACAGUUUGAUAACUAUUUACCUGAAAAGGUUGGACCUUUAUUGGUGAACCUGUUGAAAGAUAAGGAAUUCACACAUUUUGUUACUGCAAGUUCGGCUGUAGGUAAAAACGUCUUACCUCGUAUUGGUGCAUUACUAGACCUACAACCAAUCUGCGAUAUCACAAAAAUCGUAGACUCAAAGACAUUCGUCAGGCCUAUAUAUGCAGGCAAUGUUAUAUCAACUGUUGAAUGCACACAAGCUCAAAAGCUGAUCGGUAUUAGAGCAUCGGCAUUCGAUCCUAUUGCCGAGGGCUCCUCAGACACAGCCGUCAUCGAAGAUAUUGCUACUGUGGAAGGUGAUUCAUCCAGCCUACAAAUCGAAUGGGAAAACGCUAAUUUGACCGAGAGUGAAAGACCAGAGUUGUCUUCUGCAUCAAAAGUAGUCGCCGGUGGUCGUGCCUUGAAGGAUAAAGCAACUUUCGAAAAACUACUUACACCUCUUGCAGAUGUAUUGCACGCUGGUAUUGGUGCUACCAGGGCAGCCGUGGAUAGCGGAUUUUGUGAUAACUCUUUACAAAUCGGUCAGACCGGUAGAGUUGUCGCACCAGAUCUUUACAUUGCUAUCGGUAUUUCCGGCGCUAUUCAACAUCUGGCUGGUAUGAAGGAUUCUAAAGUCAUUGUUGCAAUCAACAAUGAUCCUGAUGCUCCGAUAUUCAAAGUAGCCGACUUUGGUUUACAAGGCGACAUUUACGAAAUUGUACCAGAGUUGACCAAGAAGCUUGAAAAGCUCUAA